ACGGCCAGCAGCUGCAGCAGCGAGGGAGCGCACGCAACAACAAGACUCGAGGGACCAUGGCCCCCCACUCUGGUCAACGACCAACCGGCCAAACUCCUGCUCUAUCUGGUGGUCGUGGCCUCAAACGGAAGGCGCCGAACACACCCUCUGGGAAGGCGGUGGCCUCUGCCGACCCAGCGCGAUUACAGAAAACAACCAGCAGCCGGGAGCCCCCUCCAACACCCACUGGAGCAAAGGGUGGUGACAAAGGGAAGGGAAGCAAGCUCGUGGAGGAAGGGACAGGGAAGGGAAAGGCAAAAGUCAAGGUGAAGAGCGACAUAGACGACAUAUUUGCGGGCGUGAAGCGAUUGAAAGAGGACAAGGCGGAGGAAGAAGCAGCGAGGGUGGCGAAGAAAAAGAAGAUUAAGGAGGACCAUAAAAGGCGACAAGCCAAUCCAUUCACCGGCGAGGGGGGGCCUGACAAGAGAUGGGCUUGGGCAGACGAAGUAAAGCCAGUGCGGUUUGACGACGAGGGACUGCCAAUCUACACAUGGGAAUCUCUUAGAAUAGGCCAAGGCGGGGGCACGGCGGCGUGUCCGUUCGACUGCGACUGCUGUUUUUAAGCUAUUCGGGGUUCGGUGUAGUUGGCACGCGCGAGGUUGAGAUGUUUGUAGUGCAUACAUGAAUUCAUGCGUCGGUCGGUUUGCGUCGAGGAGGGAGGGGUCAAUCCGCUCCGCUCCACCCCUUGUGAUGGGUCUGCGUUUGAUGCCGCUGACUAUAGGCAUAAUACAUACGCAAACGUUGUGGUCUGGUGAAGCUUGUCGGUUGUGCCGUAGUAAUCAAGCGAUGGCGCGGGUUAAGCUGCUGUCUGCGGCAACGUCUGGCGUUUGCUGAGUGGGGUGUGUUGUUGCAGUACUUGGCGCGGACUACGGCUUUGUCGGAGCACUCGCACGAAAGAGAUUCAAAACGUCGUUGGUGUCGAGAUGUCGUUGAUUUGCUGUGUUUGGACUGGUUUGCUCUUCGUCAAAUGGGUAGGCAAGAGCUAGCUGCCCACGGGGGAGGUGGAUGCGAAGCAACACCAACAAGCAAAGGCAUUGAUAACAGACCAGACGCUGACGAAGAGCUGGGUAGUAUGCGUAUCUCCUCGAUUUGACUAUUACCCUGAUUUGUUUCAGGGUCGAUUCGUGUGCUCGUGUUGACGGUUACCGGCGUCUUGAAACAUUUCUGUGGCUUCAAAUGGGCCAGUUUCGCUCGAAUAUGGAAGUCAUCGUCUGCGGUCGCGCGUUUUGUCUUGUGAGUUUUUCCUGGGUGGUUUUCCUGAAAAAUGCGGCGAUGCGUGUGAACAUAGAGGAACGGUUUCUGUGUCAAGCCGGUCGUGAAGUCUAUGGGCAGGCACAAAUGCGAACUCGUAAGUGCCACCAGUUUUUCGGCUUGGGCAGACCAGGUGUCCCGCCAGCACCAGUCAU